ACAGCAAAGGGUUACACACAGCAAACUCCACCAAACAAAGCCACAAUUAAACCCUGUCCUUCCUGGGAUUGCUGGUUGGACGGGGAUGUCAUCCCAAGUGGCGUCUUCCCAGUUAUUUUCAAGCGAAGCAUAGAGAGCGCGCUUCCCGCGGGGGGAGGAGGACAGAGCUCCUUUGUGUGGUGAAAGCUGAUUGUUUGCCAAGGCCCAACGAACAGGGAUGCUGUUUGUGUGUCCCCAGAGGUGUCCAGCAAACCACAGCUCCGAGCAGCCCUUACGCAAGGCAGGAUGACACAAGACCCUGGGCUGGAGGCCUGGGAAUCCUCCUCAGAGCCGCGACUCUGCUGGAGACUGCCAGGCAUGCGGAUCCUGCCUGUCCUCUGUGCUCUGCUCCUCCUGAUGCUCCGGGGAGUGACAGGGCUGUCCCCGGUCCGAGCAUCAGCCCAGGACUGCGAGCGCCGCGGGGGAUUCUGCUCCCACCGCUCCUGCCCGCCGGGCAUCGGCCGCAUCGGGCUCUGCUCCGAGCACGAAUUCUGCUGUCGGAUGCGGUGGUAUCCCUGAGGGGCUCCCGGAUCCCCGAGAAGCACACCGGCCCCCUGGUCGGGAUGAUGCUGCCUGGAGGCACCAAGCACUGCCAGGGGCAGCAGCAGCAGCCCUGCACAGCCAGACCUGGAUCCCAAGGGAAUCCCAUCCCCCCGUGUCCCCAAUACAAGGUGGUGGUCAUUGCCAUCACACACUGAGA